AUGUGGUAUUUAAGUUCUCAAAGUGAUUCCAGAAUAAUUUACAUUGUCCCUCAUAAAGAAAUUAUUAUUGGCCGAAGUGGUGAUGCACAAUAUUGUAAUUUUGCUGUUCCUGAUGAUCCAUCCAUUAGUAGAAAACAUGCCACAUUAAAUGUGUUGGACGAUACCUUAAUUAUACAAGAUUUGGGUUCAAAGUAUGGAACAUACUUAAAUAAUUCCUCGGAAAAGUUGGAAUGCAAUGUUAAACAAAAAGUAAAUGUUAAUGAUAUCAUUAAGUUUGGUAAAAUGGACUGUGUUUGGAAGGUACAUUUUAUAAAUUACACAACAUGUACAUCAACCUUAAAAGGAGAAAAUCUUCAGAAUUUGAAAAUGAUUUUAGGCAAAUUGGGUGGAAUAUUGAAGAGUGAGUGGGAUGAUUCAUGUGCAUAUUUAACAAUGCCUGCUAUCACUUUGACUAUUAAAGUGGUGCUUGCAUUAGUACAAGGUUCAUUUAUUGUGACCACUGAAUUUUGGAAUAAGUGCUCUGAAGCUGUUACUAAAUGCACUCCAUUACCUGAUCCAAGAAAUUUCAUACCUCAAAUUGUGGAAACUACACUUAACAAAGAAAAUGUAUCUUUUUUACCAGAUAAUUGUAGAAAAACUUUGUUUACAGGCAAAACUGUUGUUUUCUUUUCAAGAAGGCAGUUGGAUAUGUAUAAAAAUGUUCUUACAAAAAGCUCUGCAUCAGCUUUGUUACUUAGUGAGACAAAGAUGACUAAGUCUAUGCUUUGCAAUGAUAAUAUAAUUGUGAUUCAAUACAAUUUGACAUCAACAAGUCAAGAAACACAAACACAAAAAAAUCUAAUCAAUGACAUAGUAUGCUAUUUAAAGAGCAAAGGUAAAAGAGUUGUAGCCGAUGCAGAGAUAGGUUUAGCAAUAUUGUAUUGUUCACUAAAUAAAUAUUGUAAUCCUGACUUUAAUUUUUCAUCUGAGGUUAUAAAACAGCCAUCUGAUCAAAGUGUAAAAACUACAAAUAUAUUAGCUCAUGAAUCAGAAGAGCCUGUGCCUAGCAUUUGUAAACUAGAAAAUGUGGUUAUAAAUGAAAGUCUGAAUUCUAAAACUGAUUUGUCUCACGUUUCAACAAUAAAUAAUGGCAGUACUCUACCAAAAAGAAAAUGGGACGCAGAAAAUAAUGAUGAUAGUUUUAUUAAUCCAAAUAAGAAACUAGCCACUGUGAACAAAAUAACUAGCAUAGAAUGUUCAACAAAACGAACAUGUGAAGACAUUGAUGAAGAUAAUUCAAACCCUACAAAGAAAUUGGCAAUUGAAAACAGUAAUGAAGAUAAGGAUAACUUUAAUUUCAUGCCAAUGUCAUCAUCUCCUGCAGUUGCUAAUGAUCUUUGUAGAAAGUUAAAUUUAUCGAAACCAACAAAAAGGAAGCAAGAUUUUGAAGGAAAUGAAGAUGAUAAUUUAUUUAAUUUUAUUGAAGAAAACCCCAAACCAACUAAAAUUUCUAAGGGUGAGACAUUCAAUAUUGAUAAAACAAACUUUUGUAAAGAACAAAAUACUCCCAAAGACAAAGGUAACAGUAGAAAUGAAGAUGAUAAACUAGAUGUAUCAGCUUUAAGAGGAAUUAAAUUAGAAGAGUUGAUGCAAAACAAUUUAAAAAUGGAGUACAGCAACAAUACUGUAAUAGAUAUAAAGAAAGAGGAUAUAACAGAUAUAGAUGGCAAAUUAAAUGAUCUCGAUUUAGGGACAACAACAGUUGUUUUAAGAAAUGAUUUGAUUGUUAAAAAAGAACCACUGCAGUUAACUUCCAAUGACAGCAAAGUAAUUAAUUUCAAAAAAUUCAAGAAAGUAUGGCCAGUGAAAAUGCAAGUCAGUAUAAUUCCUAAGGCAUUUGUUAACACUUUAAGUGUGACAAAUUAA